AUGUACCUGUUCACGCUGCUGGGGAACCUGCUCAUCAUGACCACCAUCUGGGGCGAGCGCAGCCUCCACACGCCCAUGUACCUCUUCCUGUGCGCCCUCUCCAUCUCUGAGAUCCUCUACACCUUCGCCAUCGUCCCGCGCAUGCUGGCCGACCUGCGCUCCACUCACCGCUCCAUCGCCUUCGUGGCCUGUGCCAGCCAGAUGCACUUUUCCUUCACGUUUGGCUUCACCCACUCCUUCCUGCUCAAGGAUGUCCACCAUUUCUUCUGCCACGUUCCACCUCUUGUGAAGUUGGCCUGUGGGGGCAACGUGUCCACCGUGGCCCUGGGCGUGGGGCUGGUGUGCAUCACGGCCCUGCUGGGCUGCUGCCUCCUCAUCCUCCUCUCCUACGCCUCCAUCAUAGCCACCAUCCUGAGGAUCCCCUCGGCUGAGGGCCGGCAGAAGGCCUUCUCCACGUGCGCGUCCCACCUCACUGUGGUGGUCGUGCACUAUGGCUUCGCCUCUGUGGUCUUCCUCAAGUCCAAGGGUCCCCAGUCUCUGGAAGGAGACACCCUGAUGGCCGUCACCUACACAGUCUUCACGCCCUUCCUCAGCCCCAUUAUCUUCAGCCUCAGGAACAAGGAGCUGAAGAGCGCCAUGAAGAAGACCUUCUUCCCUAAGCUCUAA